AUGGGCUCCCUGGGAGACAUCUCCAAAUCCUUCCUUGAUCUCACCGACCCAGAAGAGAUCAACAGCUACUUUGCCUUCAACGUCACCUCGGCGCUCUGCCUCACCUCCGCCGCCCUGCAAGCCUUCGGGAAGCAGCCCGGCUCGAGCAGGACGGUGGUGAACAUCUCCUCGCUCUGUGCCGUGAAGCCCUUCAAGAACUGGGCGCUGUACUGCAGCGGGAAGGCUUCCCGGGACAUGAUGUUCCAGGUGCUGGCACUCGAGGAGCCUGAUGUCCGUGUCCUCAACUACGCCCCAGGUCCCCUGGACACGGACAUGCAGCUCUUGGCCCGGACUAAGACCGGAGACCCUGAGAUGCGUCAAUAUUUCCAAAGCCUGCAGGAGAGCGGGGACGAGCGUGGCCUCAGCCAGUCCAUCCCCACCAGCAAGCCCACGGUUUUGCAGGGGUUUUUUUUUGCGGAUGAAAUACAGGUGGGACAUACAGGAGCCGACGGUCCCCGCUGCCUCUGA